AUGCGCUUUCGAACAGAAUUAAAGAAUAUACGGACCUUUUCAAAGCUCACAGCGGCGCUCUCCUCGCUCGAGAAAAUCGCCUGGGUGCGUCUUAGUGAUGAGACGGCACGCUUCACGGUGAUUCCCGACAUGGGAUCCCAGGUUUGGGCCUCCCUGUCCAUGGACUUUAUCUUUGAAAACUACCAGAUCCAGUCCGCCGAAGCCUCCAACACCAUCAACCUCGAGCUCCCGCUGCAGCCCUUGCAGCGCGCGCUCAAGUCGGCCCUCAACAGCAUCUCCGCCUCGCUCCGCCUCACCAAAAAGGACGGGCUGCCCGUUCUCUCCCUCACCAUCACCACCACCACCACCGCAAGCGGCACAAACGCAAACGCAAACGCACACGCGGCCGCGGCCGCCGCCGCCGCCGCCGCGGGCCAGCAAGCACGCGCCGCCACCACUGACAAUGAUGACCCGUUUGCCGACGAGGACCAUCUCUUCCACGCCGAGCACCUGGAGACGUCGCUGCGGCGGGAGCACGAAAAGAUCAUCACGCAGGACAUUCCCGUGCGGGUGCUGCACCCCGAGACCGUCGAAACCAUUAUGCAGCCCAAGGUGCGCGAGCCUGACGUCCACAUCCAGCUGCCGCCGCUCCUGCAGCUCAAGGCCAUCUCGGACCGCUUCACCAAGCUCGCGCAGGCCGCCGCCACUGGCAGCACCGGCACUGGCGCCGCCGCGUCGGCCUCAUCGUCGUCGUCGGCGAAAGCGCCCAGGCUCGAGCUCAGCGCCAACAUGCACGGCAGCCUGCGGCUGCGCAUCGCCACCGAGACGACGGACAUUGCGAGCGUCUGGUCCGGCCUUGAGAACCCGGAGCUGGACCCCACGCAGCUCGAUCGCCCGCUGGCCGAGCAUCCGAGCACACGCUUCCGCGAGGGCGGGCCGGAUCGCUGGGCGACGGUGCGCGUCGACGGCAAGGACUGGAGCCGCGUGCUGAGCGUGGGCAGGCUCGAGGGCCGCGUGAUUGCGUGCUUUGCCGAUGAUCACGCGCUGAUUCUUUACGUCUACGUGCCACAGUACGACGACGCGUCCGCGGACGAUUCUGUAGUCACGUAUUAUGUCCAGUCAUACAGCGCAUAG